ACGUAUUUACGUGCCAUCCGGAUUAGCCGCGGAAGCGGAAGCGAGAGCGAGACGCCGUCACGCCGACAUGCCGUGCCUGGUCGCGCUCCCGCCGAUGGCCCGGCCCGGCUGGCGGCGGCCGUCGACUUCAGUAACCCGCCGCGGCCGCACCCUCGCGGCCCUCCCAUGCGGCUGCCGCUGCGCCCGGCGGCACCUCAUCGGUGCCUCCUCAGCUGCCGCCCUCCUCCCUCUCCUCGCCCCUCCCUCCCCGGCCGCGCCGCCCAUCGACCCCGAGGUGAUGCUCGAGCGAGUGCACCCGUCGAGGCCGGACUGGUACGAGGAGUUCUAUGCCACGGCCAUGGACCAGGGCAUGAAGUCAUACGAAGCGGAGAUUGCAGGAUAUAAAGCAAAGCUCUUUUCUCAACUGUCGGCUGAAGGAAAGAACAUUCUGGAGCUUGGCGUUGGAACAGGCCCUAACUUCAAGUAUUAUGCAAGCGGCAAUGGGGUUAAUGUAAUUGGAGUGGAUCCUAACAAGCACAUGGAGGAUUAUGCCAGAACAGCAGCAGUAUCUGCAGGACUUCCAUCGUCAAGCUUCACUUUCAAAAGAGGGGUUGCUGAAGCUUUGCCAGCAGAGGACAAUUCCAUGGAUGCGGUGAUCGGCACGCUGGUAUUGUGUUCUGUAAAUAACAUUGACAUGGCCUUGAGAGAAAUAUAUAGAGUCCUAAAGCCCGGCGGUCUCUAUCUGUUCGUUGAGCAUGUUGCCGCACCAGAUGGUUCCUUGCUCCGAUUCGUACAAAGUGCCUUCGACCCGCUGCAGCAAUUCGUUGCUGACGGAUGCCACCUCACCAGGAAAGCUGGAGAAAACAUCAGAGGCUUGGGUUUCUCGAGCCUGAGCCUAGACAGUGUCCGACUCUCAAAUGCAUACAUCAUUAGCCCUCACGUUUAUGGCGUAGCCUGCAAGUGAAGUUUUCUGCUGUCUUUGAAAUAACUGUGAAUGAUGCAUCUUCCAAAAGCUGCUUGUGAUAAUGCGACGGAGCGAGUCAUGCAGCGGCA